UCCCACACCCAUAUGGCGUAAGGAACGAAACAACAGAGACGUUUGUGGCAAUCGGACUAUAAGCGAAGCAAACAAACAUCCUGCCUUGCAAGCAUACUAUGUUCUGCAGAGCGAGCCCCCUAUGGAGUAAAUGUUUCUAGAAGUACCACAUCGUGCUGAUACUGGUAACUCGAUCUCCUUUGCCCAUUAGACAUAUCUUGCUUAUCGAGGAGGUUGGCGCAUUCAUGCUAACGCGGAAGGGUUCGCCUUACAAGUUUUGCCCGCUUUUAGUACUAGUGCUAAUCUCAGCGGCCAUUGCCUUGGAUGACUGGGCUGAUGGUGGUACCAUCCUUAUAAAGGGUGGGACGGUCGUCAACCACGACCAGCAAUUCGAGGCGGAUGUCCUCAUACGAGAUGGAAUUAUUGUGGAUGUUGCCCCGGACAUUGAGGCUCCCCCCGGCUGCCUGGUGCUGCCCGCCGCGGGUCUGUUCGUGAUGCCGGGUGGGAUUGACCCGCACACGCACCUGGACAUGCCCUUCAUGGGCACCGUCACGGCGGACGACUUCUUCACCGGCCAGGCUGCCGCACUAGCUGGCGGCACCACCUUCCACAUCGACUUUGCGCUGCCGAUCAACCACGACAUACGGGCGGGGUUCAGGGAGUGGCAGUCCAAGGCCUCCUCCGGCUGCAUGGACUACUCGCUGCACAUGGCGGUCACGCAGUGGGGCCCGCGGGUGGCCGCCGACAUGGGGCAGCUGGUGGCGGAGGGGGUCAGCUCCUUCAAGUUCUUCAUGGCGUACAAGGGAGUGCUGCAGGUGAGCGACGGUGAGCUGCUGGCGGGGCUCAGCCGCUGCCGCCAGCUGGGGGCCCUGCCCCUGGUGCACGCGGAGAACGGGGACGCGGUGGCGUGGAUGCAGGAGCGCCUCAUCUCCUCCGGCAUCCGCGGCCCCGAGGGCCACCCGCUGUCCCGCCCGCCCGCCCUGGAGGCGGAGGCCACGGGGCGGGCCAUCCGGCUGGCGGGGGUGGUGGGGGCGCCGCUGUACGUGGUGCACGUGAUGAGCGGGGAGGCGGUGGAGGAGAUCUCCCGCGCCCGCCUGUCCGGCUCCCGAGUGGUGGGCGAGGCGGUGGUCAGCGGCCUGGCCCUGCGCGAGGCGGGCUGCUGGGACACCAACUUCACGUCGGCAGCAGCGCUGGUGAUGAGUCCGCCCAUCCGGGGGCCGGGGCACGCGGAGAGGAUCAAGGCGGCGCUGGCGGCGGGGGUGCUGCAGCUUGUCGCCACCGACCACGCGGUGUUCAACAGCAGCCAGAAGGCGGCGGGGCGACACGACUUCCGCCGCAUUCCCAACGGGGUCAACGGCAUCGAGGAGCGCAUGCAUGUGACAUGGCAGGAGAUGGUGGUGGCGGGCCUGGCCACCCCCUCCGACUUCGUGCGCCUCACCUCCACCGCCGCUGCGCAGCUCUUCAACGUCUACCCGCGCAAGGGGCGGCUGGCGGCGGGCAGUGACGCGGAUGUGAUCCUGCUCGACCCACGGGUCACUCACACGCUGGGGGUGGGCGCCGCGCACAGCCCGCGCAUGGACACCAACGUGUAUGAGGGCAAGGUGGUGCAGGGCAAGGUGGUGACCACCCUGUCCCGGGGGCGGCUGGUGUGGCAUGAGGGGCGGUUGCGGGUGCGGCGGGGCAGCGGCAGGUUCGUGCGCCGGCCGCCAUUCGGCCCGCUCUUCCAGGGACUGGACGAGCAGGAGCGGCGCGCCCUGACCCUCCCCUACGGCCCCACUCCGGUACCCCGGGAGGGUGACCAGGAGGCGCAGCUACCGGAGCAGCAGCAGCAGGAGGAGGGGGUGUGUGGGGGAGGGAGGGAGGAGGUGGCUGCGGCCGCAGCGGGCGGGGGUUUCUGCUCCGCCAGCGGCAGCCAGCAGGGCGCAACGUACUGAGGGGGGGGGUGCUUGCUUGCUGCCUCGUUGUUUCUGGGCUUUGGUUGAGGUUGAGAUGUUGGAUUGGGGCAAAUGUGGGCGGGGGGUUUCGGGUUGUGUUUGCAUGUGGCCAUGGGUGGUGAUCGGAGAAGCAGGGUUGAGGGAGGUGAGGGAGGUGAGGGAGGUGGGCCGAGUGUGCAGGAUGGGUCCGCAGCCACGAUGGGAGGAUGGGAGGAUGCGGGCUUCGGGAGUAGCGUUCUUUGCAGCGGCACGACUUGCACUGUUUGCACGUGCACGUACAUUCAAGCAUGCAGCCUGUGCUGUUUCUGGG